UGUAAAGAGAAUGACAAUCCGGAUCGUAACCAGGUCAAGCAUAAAAUAACAAUCAUUAGUGAUGAAGUAACGAAAAUUGGAAGCAGUGAUAUGCAUGAUCAUAUAAAAGAAUGUAUAAAAAAUAUUGAUUUAGAAUCUCUCAAUCUUAACUAUGAUGAACUGAUUUAUUCAUCAAUCAUCGACACCAAAAACCCCUCAGAUUGGAUUAAGGAUGAAUUUUCAGAUGAUGAAUGGAAGAAAAUAUCAGACAACAGUAGUUGUUCUUAUAACAAAUUAAAUAAAAAAAAUUAUAAAACAUAUAAAAGUGAAAUUAAUGAAGGAACCUGGCAAUUGGAUGCUAUAUCUAUACCUCUUAAAUAUUCAUUAAGAACUUUUCCCGAUACUAUCCUCAUAAUGCCAGAAAAAUCUAACAAAGCAUCCAGCGAACGUAAGAAUUAUAAAAGCUCUGGCACAGAAUUAGACAAAGAAAAUAACCCUAAAAAAAGAAAACGAGAUGAUUCAAAGAAAGAAGAAGAUGAUAAAAGCCCAAAUACAAAAGUAUUGUAA